GAGCUUAGUAUGUAUGUUAAUGUCUGCAAAAAACAGUCAGGACUGAGACAAAUCGUAGUAUUUGUGAGCAUUGCUCACUGUAUGCUUGCGCUCCAUCUAUGGAAGAUGAUGAAGAAUGUGCUGGGCGUGGAGCUGACGUCGGCAAUCGGGAUGAGGAGGAAAGCCACGUAGGGGUUGUUGCUCGUGCGAUCGGUUGUCAUGUGAAGAACAGAACCUUUGAACACGUGGGCAAAUGGCGAAGCCGUACCAAGGGCGGCCGAAUCCGCAGUUGGCGUCUGCGGACAUUGUGUCGCAUGGCUGCGAUGGGCAGGAAGGGUGGAGGGCGUUGGAGAAGAUGGACGGGCGACAUUUACGCGGCUCGACAUGCGGGCAAGCAUGGUGUAAGUUUUUUUGAGAAAUGCAGCAGGAGGCUGUCGAAUGCGCUUCUGCGGACUACGAGGACUGUUGGCAAAGUGAAAGCAAUCGAAGCAGCCUUUCUGCUGACCCAGAAAAUCCAGUCUAUGAAACGCCGAUGUAUGCCUCUUGUCGUUGCUGAUGUGCUGGAUGCUCUUUUCACUAACAUCCCGACGGAGAAGCUACGGCCAGAGCAAAGACGCGCAUCACUCCUGCAACUGUCUCUCGUCUGGCGUGUUCUCCUUAGCGGCAUCGAGGAUGGAAGCGAGAACAACAUCAAGAGAGGUGCAACAGGAAGGCCCCGUGCGAAACGACGAGGUUUCGUUACCAUCGAACUCGAUGUGAGAGAGCUUGUAAACAAGGUAGUGGCCAAACUCGUUGACGAGCAAUGCUCAGACAUGGUCAAUCUCCUGCUGCUGGCCGACUGCCCAUUUGUUUCGCAUCUGCUCGAAAAGAUCUACUCCAGCCUCAGCCUGUGUGCGUUUGGAAGAAGGGAAGGUGCUUGGCUGGAACUGCUGCAUAAAUUUUGGGGAACCUUGAAGCAGCCGUUGAUGGAGAUAAACCAUGAUUGCGAAACGACAAUGAAAGUAGUUCCUCGAUCGCCUGCAAACGAAUGUUGGAGUGAGAGCAUUGAGCCUGUCUGCAGCGCUGAUGCGAACUCGGAACGUGUCUGCGUGGGCAACGCAACUGUUGAACCUGUAUCCAGUUGCCAUGAGGGCUGGAGGGUUGGUGGAGGCGAUGCUGUGGGCGCAAUUCGUUCCAACAACGUCUGUUGGAGUAAUAGGGCAUCUACAGCAUCAGGAAAGCAACAUAGUGGUGGUGACUGGGAUGCCAGUCAAAGUUGUGCAUUGUUGAAGUCAACAGACACAUCUCAUUGUCAUUUCCGGCAUCGUCAAACGGCUUACGAUGAGAACCCUGCAGCUGCAGCCGCUGCGGGCAAACGCCAUGGCACUCGGGGGGCGCUUGAUGAGGUGGAAAGGGAAGAGUGGAAGCUGGCCAGGAUGCAUGGUAGAAAUGCGGGCGGGCAGGGAAACAGGUCCUUCGAGUGCCCGGCUACUGCAGGUGUAUCGAGGGCCUUCAGGGUUGUGGAGGCGGUUCGACGGAUGGCUAAGAGCCUGAUUGAACCUGCUGGGAAUGGUGAGGGAUGCAGAGAGGAACAUCGGGAGUUUGGCGUUUGGAAGCAGCGUGUGGCAGGUUUGAAGCUUAAUCACGCAGCUCGUGUAAGUCGAGUCCGCAUCUGGCUGAGUGUUUUCAGGGAAAACCUUAUGGAUGUUGUGGCAGGGCUCGAGCAGGUUUUUGAGGGAGCGAAGAUGGAAGUUGCUGGUGCCGACGAGGAAAGAACGACUGCCGGCUUUGAUGAGCCACAUGAGCUCCCAUGCGGCCGUCGUGGCAGACAUGCUGAUUUGUCUCUUCUUGCAGCCUCAGUUCUUCGCUUGUUGGGAACAGCUUUGCGAGUGACCCAAUGGCUGGAGGAGAAUAUCUGUACACGGGAGGAAAACAACCAUUCGGAGGCAGCAGCAGUGCCGCGUCAACGAAGUGAAUGUGCGGCGGCAGUAGGAGCUAUUGCAGCUUGCCUCUUGCCGCUUGCAAGGAUGGUGUUCGGCGGUACUGACUGUUCUCUUAAGGAGGGAUUCAGGUGCUGCGGAAAGGGCGAAAAUGACAAACAGUCAAAGUGCGCGAAUAUGAUGCCAUUUCAUAGCACAAGGGGUAGCAGAGGUGGGCUCCGUGGGGAAACGCCGAGCGUACGUGACCAUCUCUCUCAGGAUGUCUGCACCUUGAAGGUGUUACUGGAAACGGGAAGGGGGCAUGGUAUGCACCCUUCACUCCAAGCAGAUGUUACGCAAAGUCAGUUGCAGCUGACGUCAGAGGUUUGUGCCUGGAGCCGGAACCCGAUGCGUUGCUUAUUGCAGUACAAACUGCUGGCGGUAGUUCUUAGGUUAUCGAGAUGGUUCCACACGUCUGAUAGCGUUGAGCAGCUCGUUCGUCCAUGUCUCUAUUUGACCCUUCGUUAUCUUAGUUAUUUAUUUGCACCUCCUCCUCCUGUUUCUCAAAGUUCACCAUUCGCAUUUAUAAGUACCAGUACACUUUCCUUGUCGUCCGAUUCAACACAACAUCUGUUGGACCUUAGCCAAAUCUUUCAGCAGGUGCCACAUGGCAGCGGGAGGAGCUUGCUUCCAUCACCCUUCCUAGGCCACUCGUCGUGUUUCGAUGAUUUGAUGGUCAACGAUCCCUGCAGCCCGGGCUGUCGACGAUCACCGUUUCGGUCAUUGAACAGUCGGGGAUCGGGACCAGGAGUGGCGGCCGCGGGGCCGGUAGUGGCAGCCGCGGGGCCGGUAGUGCAGGCCGCAGGGCUGUCUUGUACGAUGCUUUGCAGUCAACUUGGGCAUCGCAUCACAGGUCUCAAACGACUUGCGUUGUUGGUUUUGGUGAAGGUACUGCGAGCAGUUUUGGCGCUGGACGAGAGUGAUAUUGUAGAUGACAGUCUUUGGGUAAUAACGAAUACGUGCACAGAAGCUUUAGACGGGAAAGGAGAUUGUCAGAGGUGUCUGAGUGGUGCCAAGUCCUGUUGUCAGUGCUUGUUGGAGGAGAAGCCUUGGCAUUCUCCGAAGCGGUGCUGGUUGGCGGCCUUGCAAAAGUCCGUCUCCAAGUGGGUAAGAGAUUGGGAGCGGUACCUACAGCCACAACGCGAUAUUAGCAAGGAGUCGAUUGCAAGAUUGCUUGUCCAGAUAUUCGACGAUGACGAUGACAUGAUGCUCCUACUGCUUUCUGACCUGCAGUGUUUGUCCCCUUCGCUGCCGUCUGUUGUUCUCGACGACGGCAAAGACGAGCUCUUUCGGAAAGUUCUGCUUGAAGCUGUGCAUCCCCUGUUCUUGUUUCAUGUCUUCCUUUCCAACCUGAAGUACGAUCACUCUGUGCUUCUGGACUACUUGAUUUCGCCAAACACGGGAGCUGUUCUCCUCCCGUACCUUGUGAAGUGCCUCAAACAGGUGGAGUCUUCGUGGCCAGUGUUUCAGGACAUAGUUGUGAGGGAGGGGAGGGGACCAUUUACAGAAGCAGUACUAGUCGACAAGUCGCGAGUCGGAGCUGAGCUCGGCAGUCCGGCAUCAGAUAGAAGGAAGCGGAAAGGAUCGGACGACUUGGCAGAGUUCGUAUCAAUGAAAAGGCACUUGCUGUUCAAGCACGAACAGAAUUAUAGGUUCGGAGACGAAGCUGCGGAAACUUCUUCGACAACAGGUUUGUUGAACGGUCCACGUAGUCUGACUUUCCAUCAAUACAUGGACCAGGUCAUUGUAUUUGCCAACUCAUUUCUGAUGCUUCACCAUGUCAACCAGCUGGCCGUCAUCGCCACUGGCGCAAACACCUGCCAGUACUUAUACACAACGCCCCAGCGGCAAGGCUCUGGCCUCCAGCAGCAUGGCCUCGAUGGCACGAGCAACCACGGCAUUGGUGAAGGUGGGUACGGAUCUCUGAGCGGUAGUGGUGCAAGUGGAUGGCAUGCGGCGGAUGAUGGAAGAGGAGGAAGGGCAGGGGGAGGAGAUGGGAGCAAUCCUCGAGCUCCACUUGGCGAGCAGCUGAUGCAGCGAAUGCAGCGGUUCCUUCAGAUGGAAAUCGAAGCGAGCUUAGGAAGUGGAGAAGAGAAUGGCGGACAGAAUUGCUCACAGCUGUCCCUCCUGUCGGGAGCGUUGUCGAUGGCUCUCUGCUAUAUUCAGAGGGCAAAACGAGGAGGUCCAACCUUCGGCAAUCCCAGGGUUCUAUGUUUGCAGGGCUCCGCAGAUGCGCCGCAGCAGUACAUUCCAAUUAUGAAUUCCAUAUUUUCUGCUCAGCGAUUGAAGGUGCCGAUUGACGGCUGUGUGAUCGGAGCGCAAGAUUCCCCAUUUUUGCAGCAGGCGGCACACAUAACCGAAGGAUUGUACCUGCGUCCGCCGCGUCCUGACGUCCUUCUGCAGUAUUUGCUGAUGGUGUUCUCUGCAGAUCUGCACUCUAGAAGGUUCCUCCAACUCCCACGCCAAUUUGGCGUCGACUUCCGCGCCUCUUGUUUCUGCCAUAAGCGGACGAUCGACCUGGGGUUCGUUUGCUCCGUAUGCCUUUCCAUUUUCUGCCAGUUCUCUCGCGAGUGUUCGACCUGCGGAGCUGUUUUCUCUCUCGCCAAGGAGCUCCCUAACGCACAGAGUGCACAAGGUCGCAAACGCAAAGUGCCUUAGGAGUCGCACAAGGGUUGACUCGGAAGUUAUGAUUCUCAAGUAUCUGAGCGCAUUAUGUACACACUGACUUUUUCGACGGAGCUCCGGACGUAAUUGCAGUCAGAUACAUUCAGGUCAAGGUGCAAUUCUGGUUAAAUACAUCCAGGAAAGUUUAGUGUGAAAGUAUGCCCUGAUGAGACUAGACAGGAAAAGCGAAGAGGAAGACAACGUUCAGAAGACGAAGAGCAAGGGUCUGGGAGACGGGGGAAAAAAGAAAGGAUGAUCACAACUAUAGGAAACCAAGCGAGGAUCUGGGGGAAAAAAAUGAAGAAAGAAAAGGCUGAUUGCAAGUUAUAACGAU